AUGAUGAUAAUGACCUCGAUGAUGACAUCUACGACGAUAGCGACCAGGACGACGUUAAAAAAGAUCCAGAUUAUUAUAAAGGAUUUUGAGUGUUUUGAUGUAGUACUUUCCAGACAUCUAUGGAACUCGAUUCAAAACGUUACUCCUAUUGUAAAGAACGAUAUCAACUUUCCCGGUCUUCAACCUAAAGUAUGGACUGAUACUCUGACAUUAGAAUUUUGGAAGCAGUAUCGAUUAAAAUGUGCAUUUGUAUUUAAAAAAGGUACUAUUCAACAAUAUGGACAUUAUUAUGCAACAAUGAUAGGACGAUGCAAAAGUAAGAAAUGUGGAAACAAUUUAUUUUGUUAUAUCGGAAACGAUCCGGGUAUUGAUGGUGAUGUUAUCAUAAAAAUGAAUUGUCGAGACACAUGA